UGCAGCGGACGAUUUUCCAUCGGAACGGUUCAACUUUGGAGCGGAGCGCGGAGUUUCGCAUUUUUUGUGUUCAUAGCGGAAAAUUGGAUGAAAAACUCCAAAUGUUUAUCAAAUGAGUGACGAGAAAUACGCGACCAAUUAAAGAGAUCGUGUGUGUUUUUCCCAAUUUAACGAGCAUCGUUCACAAUUAACGCCAUCGUAGCCAGGGAGCCAAGAAACAACCAAUGGAACAUGUUGAUGCCGGUGCGGGAGUACAACAAGCACAUAGCCAAAAUACCAAACUGCAAGAUGAGGCAGCGGCCAACGCUUAGAGCCACCUUCGCAUCCCUGCUGUUGCUCCUCCACAUCGCGCAGACGCUCGAUCCGGCGGCUGCCAGUGGUUCAGUCGGAAGUGGUGCCGCAGCGACAGGCGCUGCAGGUCCUUCCGCGUCCGGUGGUGCGGGGGGCGGGAGUCUGAGCAGUGGACCCCCCACUCUCAUUGCCAAUCUCACGGAACAAGGCAGUCCCGGUGUGUAUAAUUCGACAAUGGGCUAAUGCUAAUUACCCGUAUAUAUAAACAUGGCAUUAACGUGGCAGUUUGCUGACCUUUUUACCUUUCGACCCUAAACGUAAACGACCUCACCAUUUCGGUAUUUGCAAAAGAUUUAUGGGCAGUUCUUUCUAUAAAAAUUUCCUACCAGAACAUCCAUUUAGAUCCAAUAUAAAUGAAUAAUAAAUUAAAUGACAUUGUUCGCGUCUGCUAGAAUAUGUUUUCUCAGCAAAUAUUAUGCUCUUUAAAGGCAAGCGAGACGCGAAAUGAGAAUUGACGCUUUUCACCAAGUAAGGAAUUCAUGAUAAUCUUAGCAUAAACUUAGAAUGUAUGUCCGUGCCGAUGCUUGUGCGCAUUUCCGGUUUCUGCUUCCGGUUGCCACGCGACGGGGGUGGCAAAAACUAUUAGCCACUUGGCGCUAAACAACACCACCUGCGCCCACUAGUCCCGCUACUGAAGCAAAACUCUAAGCAUCAAUUAACCCAAUUUUCAGAAUCCAUUUUCACCUGCAGUUACGCUUACAGCUCAUAGCUCAGGAGCUUUGGCUUUUUCACAGUCUUCUAGCUGCGUGUUUCACAGCUCCAUACUUACGUAUACAUACAUGCACUGCUAUGUUUUUUAGAAAGAGAGUUGCUCCUUUGCCCUUUUUUCUUCCAGCAAAUACCCAAGUGGUGGUGAUGAAACCAACGUCCAAGUCCCAAGUCCCAAGUCCCAAUUCCCUAACCCACCCAAUCCUUUAGGUGUAAUGCCGGGCACUGUUGUCCAGACUUUUUCGUGUUCCGUGCCGUUUCUUUCUUUCCCAGGCGUUGGCGCUAUUGUUGUAGUUUGGUUUGGAUUGGUCACUGGAUCUGGAAUGGAAAUGGAAAUGGAAAUGGAAAUGGAGUGGAAGCUGAAAUCAUAAUUAAUCCAUUGAUUUUGAACUUUUUUCAGCUUAAAUAAUUCACACAAAUCAUUUCAGCAAUAAAUACGAAUUCUUUCGCAGCAUUUAACAAUGAAUAUUUCAGCAAACAACAUUUUUUCAGCCAAGGUUUCCUUAUUUGUUUUAAAUAACCUGGGAUCCAAUUACAAAUUGAUGAGCAGCCGACUGGAAAUUUUGUGUGACAGAGUGUCAUAAGCUGCAGAAUGUGGAUGGUCAUCUUACCUGGCGGUUGAUUGAUUCUCCCAGCCAAAAAAUAAACACCUGGAACGAUGCCAUACACCUGGAAGUGAGCUGUACUUGGGAUACAUUUUGAAAUUCUGGAAGUCUGCUUCACAUCACCGAAUAGCAAUUAUACAGAAAAACUUCCACCAUUAAGACUAAGCAAUAAAGCUGAAAGUUCAAAUUCUUUUAAGUAAUUCUUAUAAACAACGAAUAAUUACUUAAUUAAUAAAGUUGGCAUAAUACUCUUCUGUUUAAAAUUUAUUGUACUUAAACAAUGAUAUAUUCAAUUGUCAACAAUAUUGAUACAGAAUUUUCCAAAUUAUGGGUUUCUAAUGCCUGCAUAAAUUGUAAAAGUGACUACUGUAAAGGUUAGUAACUAAUUCUGCACCCUAACAACUCUGUUAUCUAGCUUUAAGAUCUGAAAAUAAAAACUCAUUUAUAUAAAGUA